GUAUGUGUAGGUAGGUGUGCGUAAAGAAAAGAGUACGUGUCCGAUAUCGGAUAGGACUUUGUUGCAUUUUUUGUUUAUAAAUAUUGAUACUUAAUUAAUUUACCAUGAAGUAUUACUUAACGACACUGUUUAUAGUUGUAAGUUUAACAAUCCGUAGCGAAUCAUCGCUAUUCGAAAGUGAUUCGUGUUAUUCCUUCGGAAGCGGUAAUGUUUUUCCCGGCGGUGCCAGGAAAAUAGAUCAUAAAUUACAAGUUACAAAAGCCGUAAUUUCAAAACCAGCACCCGAGUGGGAGGCGACGGCAGUCGUCAAUGGAGAAUUUACACAGCUAUCUUUGUCGAGUUUCAAAGGAAAAUACCUCGUCUUCUUCUUCUACCCCCUAGACUUCACUUUCGUUUGUCCCACGGAAAUAUUGGCGUUUUCUGAACGGAUCGAUGAGUUCAAGAAAAUCAAUACCGAAGUUGUGGCUUGUUCAGUCGACUCUCAUUUCACUCAUUUGGCAUGGAUUAAUACUCCCAGAAAAGAGGGUGGUCUAGGAAAAAUCAACAUUCCUCUACUUAGCGAUCUCAGCCAUUCCAUUGCUAAAGAUUAUGGUGUAUAUUUAGAAGAUCUCGGCCAUACUUUGAGAGGCCUGUUCAUCAUUGAUGACAAAGGCAUUUUGAGGCAGAUUACUAUGAACGAUUUACCAGUAGGCCGAUCUGUUGAUGAGACCUUAAGAUUGGUUCAAGCAUUCCAGUAUACAGACAACCAUGGCGAAGUAUGUCCAGCUGGGUGGAAACCAGGACAAGACACGAUCAUUCCUAACCCAGACGAGAAGAAAAAGUAUUUCGAAAAGGUGGCAAAAAAUUAAAAACUUCCGUUGCUAUGUAGCUUACUGACAACCACGUUAAUAAAUAGCGUGGUAUAUUUUUAUACUUAUCUUACUGUAAAUUAAUUAAUUACUUAAUCGGUUUCUGAUAAGAAAGAUAGCAAUAGCCUUUCGGGCAAAUAAAGCUAAAAACUACGAUAUAAUCACAAUUCGAUUUAACCAUAGGUGGACAUAUCUGUUCGUCCUUUUAUUAAUACGUGAAAUACUCAUAAAAUAGAAUAUUUUAAUGUAGCAAAAAAUGACAAGUUAAUUUAAAUGAAAAUAUUAAUUUUAAAACGAUUUACUUUAAAUUAUCUUUUCCAUGUCAUCUGAUUAACUAAUAUUGCAUGUUUCUGUUUAGAGACUAUCCCCAAAAUAUAACUAUCGAUAAUUCUGUAGAGCGGUUACUAUGAUAUGUAUAGGCUCCUGGAAUGUAAAGUUUUUCCUUCCACUUUUAUCAUCACUUUUUAAAUUUACG